AUGUAUAUUAAGGACCCAAGAGCAAGGACCCCCAAUAAUCUUACUCUUACGGGGAUCAAAGGGGGCCCACUUCUAUUUUUCCGCUCAACAAAGCCUUUCGAUAUUGCCAUUACCAAAUCCGAGAUAAUCGCCCUUUGUUGCGAGAAGGUUCUCUAUGAUGAUAACACUGAAGCUGCUGUUAGAGUUGCUGCUAUUGACCGCAAUUUCAAGAUAAUAAUUCAUCAAACUCAACUAGGUGAUUCUUGA